GAAAUGGCUCAUCAUGCUGACGAGUUGGAAGUGUACCUGCAGGCGGAAUGGAGGAGGUUGCUUGGACACGAUUCGGACGUCCCCUACGGUGAGUUUCUCCUUGUGAUGGUCCAGGAGUUUGCCGCACACACGGACCAAUUCAUGGACAAGGCACUCUUCACGGCAACGUUGUGCGAGAUUAGUUUCCGCCUGAAUCUGUACGGAGAUUUCCAUCCUCCACCAAGAAAAACCGGAGAGCGAACAGAGUUCCGGCUCUCAGUUCGAGAUGAACCCGUGGCACCUCCUGGAUCAGGGGAAAUCGAGGACCUGGAGCAGGUGGAGGAACCGCUGGAGAAGCAGGUGGAGGAAUUCCCGAACCGAUGCCGUGCAGGUUUCGAGGCCUUGGACUUCACAGCGAUCCGGGACGAG